GGUUCUGCUUGGAAUUAAUUGAGUGAUAAGGAAAGAAUACUGACAUUCUCCAACAUAGGCUUUUGGGCGUUUAAUUUAUCUUCUUAAUGGGCUUCUCUUGUUGCGUAAUUGGUUGCAUCUUCUUCUUGGUGUAGCGGUUGUUUGUGUUCGUGAAUCCAUCAUUUUUUUUUUCAUGGAAAUUGUUUUCUGCAACUGGGUACCUGUGUUUCUAUUCUGUUGCUUGCUUCGGGUUUCUAGUGCACACUCUGGUAAGGUUAGAGGAGUGAACUUGGGCGGGUGGCUGGUGGUGGAAGGAUGGAUUAAACCUUCUCUGUUUGACGGCAUUCCAAAUGGAGAUAUGCUUGACGGAACGCAGGUGCAGUUCAAAUCAAUGGCUCUGCAGAAAUACGUGAGUGCAGAAAAUGGGGGAGGUCUGGGUGUAACUGUAGACAGAGACGUUCCUUCUGCAUGGGAAACCUUCAGAUUAUGGAGAGUAUCCGACACAGGAUUUCAUUUGCGAUCUGUUGGUGGUCAGUUUCUAACAUGUAAUAGUGAAGGGGACUCUGUAUUGGCAACAUCUGCAGUAACUUCUGCAAGAGAAACAUUUUACAUUGAAAGGAACAGUGACAACAAUAAUAGUGUUCACAUUAGACAUUCAAGUGGGAACUAUGUCCAGGCUACAUUAGCAAAUCAACUUGCAGCUGACUAUCCAGGGGAGCCAGGAUGGGGUAAUAACAUGGCCACAUUUGAAAUGAUCAUUGUAGCCAAUAACUUGCAUGGAGAUUACCAGCUUGCUAAUGGGUAUGGACAUGAAAAAGCCAAAGAUGUUCUCAAGAGGCAUAGAAACAGUUUUGUCACACCAGAAGAUUUUAGAUUUCUGUCCAGACAUGGGAUAAAUACUGUGAGGAUUCCUGUUGGCUGGUGGAUUGCUCUGGAUCCUAAUCCACCUGCCCCUUUUAUUGGAGGAACCUUGGCGGCUCUUGAUAAUGCAUUCUCAUGGGCACAGGUCUAUAAUAUAAAGUGCAUAAUUGACCUUCAUGCAGCUCCUGGGUCCCAAAAUGGGAUGGAGCAUAGUGCCAGUAGAGAUGGCUCAACAUACUGGCCUACAUCUCCAGGAUACAUCUCACAAAGCCUGGAUGUCAUAGAUUUUCUGGCUUCUAGGUAUGCCAAAUAUCCUGCCUUGUUGGGCAUUGAGUUUUUGAAUGAACCGUCUGCCUCUACUGUUCCACUGGAUCUCUUAGUUUCGUACUAUUCAAAGGAUUACCAAAUUGUACGGAAGUAUUCAUCCACAGCUUAUGUAAUAAUUUGCCAGAGAAUUGGCAAUGCAGAUCCAUUUGAGCUUUAUCAAACCAAUAUUAGCUUUUCACACAUCGUGGUGGAUUUGCACUACUACAACCUCUUUGACACUUUUUUCGUUAAUAUGAGUGCUGUUGAUAACAUCCAGUUCAUAUACAAGAGCAGGCAAGCACAACUACAGGCCCUAGACAGUGCAAAUGGUUCACUUGUCUUUAUUGGGGAAUGGGUGAACGAGUGGAAUGUAACAGCCAGCUGGAUUAUCAAGACUUUGGGAGGACUCAGUUAAAGGUUUAUAAUAAAGCCUCCUUUGGAUGGGCAUAUUGGACCCUCAAGAACGACAGGAAGCAUUGGAAUUUUGAAUGGAAUAUCAAG